GGCGGUAAGAACCGCCGACGUGGUAAGAACGAGAACGACAACGAGAAGCGCGAACUCGUCUUCAAGGAGGAAGGCCAGGAAUAUGCGCAGGUCGUGAAGAUGCUGGGUAACGGCCGUCUAGAGGCUCUUUGCUUUGACGGUGAGAAGCGCUUGGCACAUAUUCGUGGCAAGCUCAGGAAGAAGGUCUGGAUCAACCAGGGUGACAUUAUUCUCCUCUCUCUGCGUGAAUACCAAGACGAAAAGGGCGACGUUAUCAUGAAGUACACCGCCGAUGAGGCUAGAAGUCUCAAGGCCUACGGCGAGUUGCCCGAGAAUGCCAAGAUCAACGAGACCGACACCUACGGCCAAGAAGGACUCGAGGACAACGUCGAGUUCGACGAGGACCGUGAGAGUGACGAAGAAGACAAGGAGAUCGAUGUUGACGACCUCUAA